AUGUCUGCACUCUUUAAAGUGAAUCUCGAGCUUAUCAAAAAUGCGAAGCCAUAUUGUGAUCAGGAAAUUGAUCGAUUGAUUUCACGUCAUUAUAUCUUGCGAUAUGCAUUAGGAUUGCUCAGCACACCUAUUAGAGAUUUAAUUGAAGAAAAUAAUCUUAAUGUAUUUGAUUGUGGCUGUGGUCCGGCCACGUGGCUUCUAGAACUGGCCACUAAUUAUAGACACUGCUCAUUCACAGGAAUCGACAUUAGUCCAGUAUUUCCACAAACAAUUAAACCACAAAAUCUAACUAUUGAUCUGCAUGAUGCUCUUAAAGGGCUCCCAUUUGAUAAUUUCUUCGAUGUCGUUCACCAAAGUUUUUGGGUUACCGUUUUGUCAAAAGACGAAUGGAAUUUCCUUGUCCGGGAAUUAGUUCGCAUCCUAAAACCAGGUGGAUACAUUGAAUUAAUUGAGUUGAAUAUAUCGGUGAAUAAUUCAGGCCAGGUUACAAGAUACCUAAAUAAUGCUUUGACUGCUUAUUACAAAAGCAAAAAGAUCAAUACAAUUGUAAUUGAUGAACUUGAGGACUACCUCGAAGACACGUUGAAAGUCGAAAUUUAUGAAAAGGAAGUGAAAAUGAUACCAAUCGGAUGGAAUGGACCUGUGGGAGAAUUGGCAUUAUACGAUUUAAUUUCUGGUUAUGAAAUCGCCAAACCAUAUCUAUCGGAAUUUAUGGGAAUUCUUCCUAACCAGUAUGAUCAUUUAGUUGAGCUCGCCAGAAAAGAAGUUGUCGCUAGGAAAAGCACGUUUUCCAUUUACAGAUACGUUGCAAGAAAGUGCGACUUUUUUUAA